AUCAACCCUUUAGCAAAGUCUGCUCCGCAGUAUCAAACUCGCCAACGAGGCGCUGUACCCAUUUCCGGUGGAAAUAGACGACAACGAGCGAAGCUACAUUAGUGGGUUGAGGGCUGGCCACUCUCAACUCAGUUCGGGGCGUUAUCUAAAGCGUUAAAAUUUCAUUAGAAUUAAACGGUGAAUUUAUCUCACUGUCCCGAUGGCACAAACAACUGAGUUCGUCAACGAAUGCCGCUCAUGGCGAGAAAUUCUAUCUGCAAAGUCGUCCGCCGGCGGCCGUGGAGCCGUCGGACGACCGACGGGGGGAAGACAUGAUCUUCUUUUACGGAGGCCUAGUCCACCGAAGCAAUCGGGAUACCUUUUCGUCGUCGCUGGACGCGUCACCGCUCGGGCUGCUAUCGCCAUCGCCAACGCCGGAAUUGCCGCUGCUGUCACCGGUAGAGGACGAAACGGCGACGGCCUGGAUGAAUACGACGACGUUGCUGGAAAGCUGUUUGCCGCCAACGCCGCAACCACACUCGUCGGUGGAGCUGGACCACGCACCCUGGUGGUCCGCCGCACCCACAACCGCCGACAGUCUGUUUCCGGAGGUGGUGGUCGAGGAGGAGGAGGAGGAGGUUGGCGACGAUUGCGCCGUGCUGGAGAUGGCGGUGGGGCAACGCGGCAGGAAGGUUCGGGCGGGCGUGGAGCGCAGCAGCGCUACAACAGGUGAACGGUUGCUGGGGGAUGCGCGAAAAACAGCAGCGGAUGCCUGCCGGAAUGAAUUUGACAAAAUCAGACGUUUCAGCGGUACUGAAACGAGCGUAACUGUACACGACGUAUGUAAUAAGACCAUCAGCAGCAGCAGCAGCAGCAGAAACGGCGGCUGCAGCAGCAGCCAGAUUUCUAGCGGAGCACGAAGCCAAGUGGCCUCGGGUAGCUGCAACGGUAGUGGGACCGUUGCAGCCGCUUCUCCCUCGGACGCCGCUGUUGCCACCCUCGGGCAGCAACAGCAGCAGCACCUGUCAAUCUCCCCCAAAAAACCGUGUGACUUCGGUAGCAUUAUUAGCGAUAGCAGUAGCAGUAAUAGUAAUAGAGGUGGUGGUGGUGGUACCGGCUUCCACAGCAGUGCGUCCGGUAGUAGGCCGUUUGCGGCCCCAAUCCUACCGGCGGAGGCGACAGUCGUCGGCACAGGUGGCCACAAGGUGGCCACCGCACUGACAUCCCUACUACCCGACAUCGACUGGACGAACGAGACCUGCAUCGGAGGUGGCGGUGGCAUUGGCGAGCAUAGCUUCACCAACACCAUUGUCGACGAUCCGCGAAGCCUGUGGCUAAGCUCGCCUACUACCAGCAGCAGCAGCAGCAGCAGCCAUAGCAUUACCGAGAUCGAGCUGAACCGGAGUCUGGACGACUAUAGGCGUGCGAGCCGUGCCGCCCAGACGAAAACCAUUGAGACGAGCAUCGACUGUGCCAACCUACUCAACGAACUUCAGGUUGAGCUAACCGAACCACCCUUCACCGCCAGUCCACCCGUCUCGCUGCACGAAGAGAUCGAACAGCUGUCCAGUGCGUUCGGCUGUGACGUUUCCAACCAUCUUGUAUCGACGGCCGAUCCGCUGCCAUUCGUCGGUCUAACCGCAAGCGACACGGAACCGAUCCCGCUCAACAUUCUCAAGUGGCUGCAGGAGGACAUCUCCAACAACAAUCCGGCCCGCCCGGAAAUUGUCGAACAGCCUGCUAGCUUUUUCGAACCCUCCGGCACUGCUAACGAAAUCUCAACCACCAACGCCACCUCACACUCGAACGACACGUUCGAGCGAAGUCUCGAUCUGAUCCACAACAUCAACGGUCUGACCCGAGGCAAACGUACUAUUGCGACCACUACUGCAACGACAACGACGACUGCGGACACGCAUACUUUAGCAAACGAUCCACAACGCGACCACAACUACUACGCCAUGAAGCGACGCCUGCAGGAGGAGGAGGAUGUCGGCGGUGGCUAUAAUAUCGGCAGCAAGACGAAGAUGCCCAAAUUGCAACCCAUUAGCGACGAUGGCUGGACGACACCAGCACCAGCCAGUCAGACAAAAUUCUCAACAGCUUCCACAUUCAGUCAUGCGGCGGCAGCAGUAGCAGCAACGAGCAGCAGUAGUAAACAAUCCGCUACCACCACCAGCACUACUGUUGGAAGAAAGCUGUCCCUCGCUAGUCGCAAGGCGCCGUCGCUUGCCAUAAACGUGACACCGAAGGUGGGGCUGCAGCCAUCAUCGUCCAGCAUGAUUGGGGGGCACGCAGUAUUGCUGCAAACCACCGCCCCGACCGGAACGACAACGACGACAACGACGACGAACAACGCCACCACCCAUGAGUCGCCACUACGCGUGCUGUCACUACAGCAGGCAGCAACACUCAACACGCCAGACCUAACCAACGACAUUUUGGAUUUGGAAGAUGAAAAGUUUGAUCUUCUGUCAUUCAUCGACACCAAUGACGAUUCGUUGGAAUUUAGUUGUUAUCAGUCAACCGUAGUAGUAGACGAGAAACCCACACUAGACCUGCUCGCCACACCGUCCGCCACGUCCACGGACCGUCUAAAGGCACCACCGGCCGACCAAGAAGACGAUCCGAGAUCACCGACGCCAUGCACAUCAUCGAAAGCCACCCCCGAAAGCGACGACAACAAAGGUGACGCCGCGAAACAAAUCUACCAGCUGCUGACGCUAGAUAGUCUCCGUCAGCUGACGAACGCGUCAGAAGAUUCUACCUCGUCUCCGCGGGCCACCACCACGGCCGGACGGCGGACCAACGCUAGCAGCAGUGUUUGCAGCGUCGGUUCGCGCUCGUCCGCGUCGUCCGUGUGCGGCGAUUCUAGCUCGGACGUAUCGUCCAGUACCACCAAAAUGCCGAAGCGCCGGGGCCGACCGCCGAAGGUGGCCGGUACGGUGCGGGAUCGGUCGCAGUACCAGCACCUGAGUGAGGCCGACUGGCGGUACCGGGAGCAGCGGGACAAGAACAACGAAGCGUCCCGGAAGUCGCGCAUCAACCGCAAGGACCGGGAGCUGAAGCUGGAGAUGGAGGCGGACCGGUUGAGCGCUCAGCACCAGAAGCUGUCGUACGAGGAGCGCCGCCUGCAGCAGGAUUGCCAACGGUGGCGAAAGGCGGUCAUGAAGCUGGCACUGUUGUAAACCCACACACCAAA